AUGAAGAUUUGUGGUUCUGGCCCUCAAGCUAGUCCACAAAAGGCAACCUCGGCAGGCAUUCAUGGAGGUCUCGCUAAAAUUGAACUUCGUUUAAGCUGUCCUCACUAUCGUUUUUCAAACAACAUCCACGCUCAGCCUGGUCUGAAGGCAAGUGGGGGCAAGUCUCCGUCAACUGCACCAUUCGGUAUCUCUUCAAGCUUGAUGUCACCCGCCUCUGUGAAGUCUGCUACACUCGGCGUGCCAGACAGCAGAAGUAACUCACCACCUGUUGCUGAGCAGGAGUACCGCGACGACCAAAGUUUUUCCGAUGUUCCUUUACACGAUGGUUUGCAGCCUUUACCUCCUUUCCGUGUAGAUACUCGCCUUUCUGCACUAUCGUGCGAUUCAACUGCUAACCUAAUGGACCUGGAGAAUGGCGCACCUUUGCACAAGGAAGCGGAGAUGAAGAGAUCAGGUUUUCCAUGGUCCCUCAUUUCAUGUGUACGAUCAUCUUUUGGCAAGGGAAUAUCAGAGAGAGGUCAAAGUGCCGCAGACGUGACAAGUAUAUGGCAUGGUUGGAGGUUGAUCGUUUUUGGUUCAUGGCUAAAUGUCUUGCUUUUCCUUAUUCCGGUUUCUUGGAUUAUAGGUCUUGACCUCGAUGAGUCACACACACUAGUAUUCAUUCUUUCAGUCCUUUCAAUGAUACCCUUGGUGAAGCUUCAUGAUCUGGGAACACACGAACUAGCAUCACGCUUGGGUGGCACCAAAGCAGGUCUGCUCAAUGCCAGCCUGAGUAACACGGUCGAACUGGUCAUCGCAAUCAGUGCACUGAGGAAAUGCGAGCUCAAUGUCGUACAAUCCUCACUGGUCGGCUCUAUACUAAGCAAACUUCUGCUGGUUCUGGGAAUGUGUUUUUUUGCUGGUGGGCUCCGGUUUUCAGAGCAGGAACUUGAUCACACUGCCACCCAAAUACAUUCCUCUCUCCUUAGUCUCAGUACCGGCGCCUUACUUCUCCCCGCUGCAUACCAUUUUGCAAUCAGUGGCAACAGAGAUUUCGGAUCGGUCGAGCAGAAGAGAGACAUACUUCGUAUGAGCCAUGGUUGGAACCAUGUAAAACUUGCGCUAGAUCCUUACUCGUAUUGGAAUGUCACAGUCUAUGCUGCCUACCUCCUUUUUCAAUUGUGGUCCCACCCACACUUAUACAAGGAUGCGAAGAAGAAUAGUAACAAGCUAUCUGUCAAGAUACCAAUCGAUCCUUUCUCUCGUCUCGAGAAGCGACUGACCUCGUCAGAUGGGGAUACAGCAAGCUUAGCCGGUCGAUGGAGCUUACAUUCCACGUCCAGACCUUUUACUCUGUCGAAACCAUCCCCAUUGUACAGAACUUCGUAUGCCAGCUCAGCCUUGGGGUCAACCUCUGAGGCAACGAUAACCAGCCCAGAAGGAGAUAUCAUGCCUGCUGCCAUAGAAAGCUCUCAGGAAAUGCGCGGCAUUAGAAGUCGUAAGGAAAGAAUUAGGGCCCCGACCAUAGAAAGGAUCACAUCUCAGACUACGUUAACACUUGAACCUGAACCCAUGAAAAUUCAAGAAUUGCCACAGUCUCCUAGCUCGGAAAUACCAACUCCAAAGGAACCGAAACUUAGCUGGACAAUGACACUUACCCUCUUGGUCGUUGUAACUGUUGCUGUUGCUGUCACUGCAGAGGACUUGGUGGAGUCUAUGGACGGGAUCUCGAUGACAAUCAGCAAACAGUGGAUAGGUCUUAUUCUCUUGCCAGCCGUAAGCUCCAUUGCAGAAUGUGUGACUGCUGUAAAUGUUUCAGUCAAGGAUCAGCUGACGCUGAGCGUUAGUGUUGCAGUUGGAUCCGCUAUUCAAAUGGCCCUUCUAGUUGUUCCAUUCACUGUCCUCCUUGGCUGGGUAAUGCAAAAGCCCCUAGCCCUUCUCUUCGACCCUUUCGAAUCUGUAGUUCUUUAUAUAUCAGUGCAAACCAUGACCUAUGUCACAGCAGACGGGAAAUCAAACUGGCUAGAAGGGAUCAUCUUGAUGUGUGAGCUCAUUGCCUUCGUUCGUUUCUGUGAUUUGUGA